AUGACCCGUGGUAACCAGCGCGACAAGGCCCGUGAGGCUGCUCAGAAGAAGGCCAACUCUGCCAAGACCAAGAACAGCAUGAGCGGCACCGAGUUCCAGCGCGCCAAGGAGUCUGCCGCUGAGAUCAUGAGACAGAAGCAGGCCGCAUCCGAGGCCAAGAAGGCAGCGGAGGGUGCCGGCGGAAAAGAUGCGAAGAAGAAAUAG